AUGGACCCGCCAGAGUACAUGCCCGGAACCUCCGAGAUUGGUUCCAUAACAGCCAACUCCAAUGAGGACAGCCAGUUCGUCGGCUCCUCCAGCGGCGUUUACUUCGUCAACACCGUCAGACGUGCAUUUUCCACGGGUCAAGAUACACAAGGAUCACCGGAAACGGAGUUUCCACCAGCAGAGGAUACCCUAGUCGGCGCAGAAGACUCGCCUCAGCAGAACCGACAUCAUACCGCGUCUUCGAGCACAGACUCAACCUCCCCUCAAGGGGUGAGAGAAGACCACGCAUACUGGAGAUAUGAUCCAACCAUUGCUUCGGCUUUGGGCCAAGCUCCGCCCCUUGAGCUGUCCAAAGAACUCAUGAUGAUGUAUUUCAAAGUCUGGCAUCCUCUCUUCCCAUUUUUGCACGGCCCCACCUUUUUGCAGGCCAUGGAGGGGUUAUAUUCCCCUGAGGCACCAGAUCAGCCAGCCCAGGACACCAUAUCAUCAGACCAUAGGAGCUUGUGUUGGACAGUAAUUUUCCAAUGCAUCUUCAACCUCGGAAACCUACUCCGCCCGGACAUCGAGCUCCCGGCUGAAUGCCGAAUUCAGUCUCCAACUAACAUGACCUCGUUGCUUGCGGUCCUGGCAACUCGACACGAUAUCGCUUCAUUGCAAGCACUACUCUCUGUGCAAGUCUACCUUAUUGCGACCAUGUCCCUUAGACUGGCAUCCACCUUCGGCGGAUGUGUCUUACGUUCUGUUCUUCAUGCAGGUCUGCAUCGAUGUCCAUUCCGGUAUACACAACUCUCGUCCCAUGAUAGGCAGUUGAGGAAGCGCAUAUUUUGGUGCGCAUAUGCUAUCGAUCGCUACUUGAGUCAAGCUCUGGGUCUACCGCUCGGGAUACAAGACUCAGAUAUCGAUGUUUGUCUACCUGCUGCGUCUGAAAUCCACACGCCAAGACGACGAUAUAUGGGCUCGAAGGCGAACGAAGAUCUACAGAGCGUGGCACAUACUCCGGUCGAUAAUUCUGAAAAUGGAAAGGAACCUGUGCCCUCUCGCCCUAGUGAAAAUCGGCCAAGAAGUGCCUCAGAAGCAGAGAAUCGCAGGAAAGAAACAGUCUUGGCUAGCUAUGUCGACUCUGGAACACUGACGGGACGAGCAUUGGAGAUUUUCCAUAAGUCUAUCCUCGUCCGGUCCGUUCGCCGAAGCUCAAUUCUUUUCCUCGUGACAGAUGUGCACAAGUGGUGGAAUAGUCUGCCACUCGAGCUUCAGGGGAAGAUACCAGGAAACCCCGUUGACACAGAUAGCCCGUUUGACUUUGGUCCAUUCUUCACGGUGCUAUACCAGCAUCUUAUUCUCAUCAUUCAUCGGCCGUCAUUAUCGUCGGACCCGACCACGGCAGAAUUCUGCUCGGGCCUGCAAACAUGCAUUGGCGCAGCCAGGGCUAUCCUCGCCGCAUUGAAAAGCCAGGUAGAUAGCAGACAGGCAUUGUUUUGGCCUGGCUUCUUAUCCGCGGCAUGGAUGUCGGGCUUAGUCUUGGCUUUCGCUUGCCAGCUUAAUCAAUACGUUAUCGCGAAAGGUCUUCAGGAAAUUGAUGCGUGCUCGGGGUUUCUAAAUCGGAUGUCUUUCCAAUGGGAGACGGCUAGACACUGCCAGCUCGCACUCUCCGUUCUAGCUGCCAAAAUUCGACAAGUUCAGAAUGACCCUGAUGCCGCAGCAAAAGCCCAUUCUUACACAUUAAGAAGGAGAGGCGAGGAAGAAGCUUUGGAUCCCGCGGAGCAGCGAGAGCAGAAAAGAGCAAAGCUCAACAGGCGUUCGAGCGAGCCGCAUAGCCCUCGUGGAAUAUCGGAUGAUGCGUUGGUGCGAAGACAUGCGUCGCAAUCCGACGUAUCUUAUCCACCAGCAAUGGCAGGCCUUGGAUAUAACAAUGCCAUGGGUUUACAACCCGGACAGGAUUUUGUACAAAGGCAUUUCCAACCCGUGAAUCUCAAUGGGGAACCGACUCUAGCAGACACGCCUUCUUCCUUGGCACUCGAUUUCCACCGAACAGAUACCAGCCAGCUACAAGGUGGUCUGAAUUUCGAUCUUAAUAUGGUUGACCUGCUUCAAGGGGCGAAUUUUGAUUCUUUAUUCGAUAUAAUUGGACAGCAGUAUCCCAGCUUCUAG